UGCAGCAGAGCGGAAGCGGCGCAGCAUCUCUGCCGGAGGAGAAGCUUUAUGACUGAAUGAACGGUUUUUGUUUUGACUUUACUGAAAGCACACGGACUGGAUAUGAUUGGUGGACGAAGUGACAUGAUUUCGUUUUUAAUUAAAGACAAAAAUUGAAGAAUCGGUGCAGCAGCGGAUAUAUAUAGGACUGUGAGUCCCACAGUCCGAGAUGAUAUCGUCCUUAAGCAGCGAUCCUUCAUCCUCCUAUUCACUCUGUCAAAUGAAGGAGGUUUGUCUGUAGGGCUUUCAUUUCAGCAGGUCUUGAGGUGUGCCAGCAGGGAUUUGUCACGAAUUUCGUCAAAAUUGGGACGAGAAUCAAGUACAGUUCACUGUCUCCCGCUACCGUGGGAGACCCCCGGCCGCUCAUUAUGUCCAGCGCUAAGGAGCGGCUGAAAGCGGGGAAGAAGACCAAGGACAGCGUCACUCUGCUGCCCUGCUUUUAUUUUGUCGAGCUGCCUAUCAUGGCCUCCUCGGUUGUCAGUCUUUAUUUUCUGGAGCUGACCGAUAUUUUCCAGCCAGUACAUUCUGGGUACAGUUGUAAUGAUCGUAGCCUCUCCUUGCCCUACAUCCUGCCCCGACAAGAAGUCUGCCCACUCCCUUUACUCUUCAGCUUGGCCUUUGCAGCUCCAACAGUCACAAUCUUGAUAGGAGAAGCUAUCCUAUACUGCUAUCUGUCCAGGAGGUCAUCAACUACUCAGACUGAGGCCAACAUCAGUGCUGCAGGCUGUAAUUUUAACUCCUACAUCCGUCGAGCUGUCCGCUUUAUAGGCGUCCAUAUCUUUGGCCUGUGUGUGACAGCGCUUAUUACGAACAUCCUUCAACUAUCCACUGGACAACAUACCCCCUACUGGUUGGAUGUAUGCAAACCCAAUUUGACCCACAUCAACAUGUCCAGUUGUGAUGAAGCUUUUAUUCUGGAGGAUAUUUGUUCUGGACCAGACCCAGGACUCAUCAACAAUGGGAGAAAGUCUUUCCCAUCCCAACAUGCUACACUGGCUGCCUUUGCUGCUGUCUACAUCUCUAUGUACUUUAACACAGUGCUGACAGACUCAGCGAAGCUGCUGAAGCCUUUGCUGGUCUUUUCUUUUGUCAUGCUGGCCAUCCUGGCUGGAUUAACCCGGAUCAUUCAGUUUAGAAACCACCCCGUGGAUGUUUACUGUGGCUGGUUAUUGGGAGCUGCCAUCGCUGUUUAUCUGGGUGUAUAUGCAGUAAGCAACUUCAAGCCAAGUGAAGACCGCUCCAGAAGUCGACUGAAUCUACUCCUCCUUAAAGAGCCACAACUUACUUCCCUCCCAAAUGUCAGCCAAUCCGCAGUUAAAAACAGCCAUCAAGGCCACCUCACCCGAGCUCCCAGCCCACCAAAGCCAAUCAUUACAAGGACGUCUUCCCACACGUUGGCUCCUGAACAUCCAGUACCCAUCCUAACGCGGAGCUCCUCCUAUCGAGAGCCAUCUAUGAGCAAUCUGAAGAGAGCUAGUGCUGAAGUGGAGGUGAUCACUCAGUCCAGUCCACCAGGAAACCGUGACAAUAUGAUGACUUUUAGCAGCAGCACACUACCAAGGUCUCAUGGAGGCUCCUCGGUGGAGGAGGGCCGUAUUCAAAGGCGCCAUGCCUCUAUCCACACUUCCAUGGACUCCACCCGAUCCAAACAGCUGCUCAGCCAGUGGAAGAACAAGAAUGAUAACAGGAAACUGUCGAUGCAGGCGAUGGAUGGAAUACGGCACCAUCCUUCUUCCUCUCCCCAAAGAAACAUGGAAUUUCGUUGCUCCUCAGAACCAUCUGCCAUGGGCCUGGAGGCAGAGCUCCGGAGUGGGGGCCACAUGCCAUCAGCCUCCAGCCAGGAAGUGGAGAUGCGUACCGGGGCCCACAUCCCAGCACAAUACAUGAAACUUGCAGCAAAUUCGGUGCCUAUAAGUAACCAUAAUCAUCUUGCACAUAAUGGGAGCACUGGAAUGGCUGCUGGGGCCCGUGUUGCCAUUCACCCUCGACCUGGCUCCUCCCAGCUUGUUCACAUUCCUGAGGAGGAAAAUCUUCACAGUAAGGAUCAGGAGAGUGAAUCAGAGGACAGCAUGAUGGACGGCGGUGGGUCAGUGAGAGAGAAAUGGCUUAGAGUAGCAGAGAAGACCACCCUUCCAUCCAGACCCUUAAGUGCUGGAGGACAGCCUCGUCUAAUGCAGGUCAUAGCCUUGUCUAAACAGCAAGGUCUCCUUCACUCUCCUCGGUCUGAAGACGGUGGAUCUGUUCGGUACAGGGCACUGACAGACCAAGAUCCAUCUCCACCGGCCUCUACCACUGGGGCAAUAGGAGGAGGAGGUUUGGAAAGAAAUGGCAGUAUAGUUCAUGUAGACGCUCACCCAGAGUCACGACAAAAACCUGUGGUGAAACCUCCAAGCACAGAUGGCAGUGGCUCAUGGCGAUGGAAACCGCCUGAACAAAGAGGAUCUCUGCGGCAGUCAACCUUCGCCCUCAACGACCUGAACAGACACACAGACAGUUAUGAUUCUCUUAGAGAUGGUGGCUCAGUGGACGGAAGGAGAAGUGUUACAGGGGCUGAAUCAGAGAGCGAAGGUGGCGGUGAUGGUGGAGAGAUGGGCAAACACUCCAACCAUCCACGUGCUAGUUACCCUUUAUACCCCCAACAACAACAAUAUAAUCCUAACAAUUACCAGCACCAAAAUUUUAACCCCAACCAUCCCAAUAAUCCCAACUUUAACAAUGCUCAUUCUAAUUUUAACCCAAGCUCUACCAACUCCCACAUCUCUUUGCCUUCUACUGUCACCAAUGCUCCUCCUUUUCACCCUCACCUCCAAGCAGUUACUACUAUUAGGGUCACACCAGUAGAGGCAAAUGCGGCAAGCAGUGAUGGAGGUUCUGACUGCCAGUCGGUUGCCUCAUCCAGCUGUGAGUCCACCCUCAGAAGAAAGGGCAGCACCAACAUCAAGGUCCAAGACCAAGGGCAGACCCCCGAUCUCCACAACAAUCACCGCCCAAAUGAGGAUAACAACCGUCUUGACAGUGAGAGCAGCAACCGUUUCCAUGAAAACCUUCGAAAUUUUCAAGAAAAUCCAAUCACACCUAAUUUCCACAGGCAAGUGCAGGUGGUGUUUGGGCGCUCAAGCCCGACUCCUCCCCCUACUCUGCCCCGUCCCCUUCUCACUCACACCCCACCUCCCACUCUGGGCCUGGCUUAUAAGGAGUGAGUCACCCGGCUGAACCUGUUGGUAAACUGAAUGGUUUUACUGUCUGGACUAAAGUUUGGAAGAAUAUGGAAUUAUAUAACUAGACUCCACGAUCACCUUACAAGGUAGAGGUAGGAAAAGUUUCCAUUUUAAACCAGCCAUCUCUGUUCCAACCAACACCACAAUCAGUUGUGAGUUUCUUGGCCUGGACUAUAUGUCUAAGAGUUUGAGUCAAAUUUUCCAUUAUGUAAUAUUAUUUAUCAUUCUGUUUUAUAUUAUAACCCUAUGGAGAGACUAAGUAACUCUUUUGGUAUUAUUAGUGUUUGCGGGAACCAACACAUGCAUGGCUAUGAGGAUAGAUUUAAACGCCAAAGUGCUUUCCUGUUUUUUUACUCGAAAGAUCAUGGGACUAAUAACUGAUUAUUUGGAGGUUUCUCAGUCUUUCUGCUGAAAAAAGAAAACAACACAGGCACUUACAAAGUGAGCACAUCACUAUUACUGUAAGGAAUGUUUUUGUAUAUAAUGUAAGUUUAUGGGCCAUAAAGCACUUAAGCGCAACCUUAAUUGUGAGCGAGGCACAGCACUGAGUCAAAUUAGAGUCAAAGUGACCCUAAUAGAGUCAAAUUAGAGCCAAGAUAUUAUCAUAUGAUUGCUUUUGUUGUUGUGUUUGUGGUGGUACAGAUAAAUACCAGGAGUUAUAUAUUGUGUAAAAUAUAUAGUGUUUUUCUUUAAAUGAAAGAUUUUACUUUUGUGCUCCUAGUGUGUUGUAGGUGCUUAGACUUGUAAGAGGUGAAUUAUCUAACCGAGAGAAACAGGGUAAGUGGUCAGUACUUUUAUAGCGCUUUCAGUCAUUUACUACAUUCAGUCAUUCACUCAUUCACACAAACACUGAUGGUGGCUAGCUACAUUGUAGCUACAGCUGACCUGGGUCUCAAGGUUGAGCAAUGAUGCCGUACACAGGCACUACUGGCCUGACCGCCAUCAGUAGGAAAUGCCCAAAGGUUACUGAAAGCCGAAACCAGGGCUCGAACCCACAAACGAUGCAGGGCAAACUCCUGCAUCCAAUGGCACUGUCGCCUCUGACUAAAGACCAAAGAUUAAA